AGAGCCCCGUCAGCGCCCGCUCUCAGCUACCCACCCCCCUUUCUCUUCCACCUCCUCCUUCGUAUUUACGUCACUCGCAAUUCCGGGUGCGUUCAGAGACGAAGGCUUGGUUAGAGUGUUUGGUGUUGCAGAAUGGCACAGCAGCCCCCGUCGACAGUGAUGCCCUCCAACAUGAUGCCCCCGCCUGAGCAGGCCCAGGGCUCGUACUACCCCGCCGAGCCCGCUGACCUCACGGGCGGUCUGCCCAUCAACCUCGACUCGCUCAGGGACGGUCCUCCAGGCAGCAAACCAUUCUACCCGUACUCGACGCUCAUCAGAUACGCGAUAAAAGGAUCGCCAAACCAGAAGCUACUGCUUGAAGAUAUAUAUUAUGCUAUCGAGUCGCGCUUUCCCUAUUUCCGAACGGCUCCCUCAGGCUGGAAGAACUCUGUUCGACACAACCUAUCGCUGAACCCGUGCUUCGAGAAGGUGCCCCGCCCACUGACAGAUCGUGGGAAGGGCUCCUACUGGACGGUGAACGACAACGUCGACCCGCGUACGGGUGUGCAUCGUGUGCGCAAGAAGAAGCCCAAGAGUGGGCGGCGUAAGGGUACAUCGGAGGAGCCGCAGGACGUUGACUAUCAUCCCUCCGAAGGCUUCGCUGGAGACCCUCAUGGUCAUCCUGGCUUUGUCCCGCCCCCGCCUAUGCAUCCCGAUGAAGCUGGACCAAGCAGACAGCCGCCAUAUCCUAUGUACCCUCCGCCACCAGGCUUUGAUCCCCAUUUCGCCAUGAUGCCUCCUCCCGCGGAGGGCAUGCCACGGUACCCCCCAGCGAUCCCCAUUACGCCUGAUGGGACGUACGAGGUAGACGAAAACGGGAACAUCAACUGGCGGCUCUCAUGGCACAAAGAGCUUGGGCACCUGCAGCAAAUCACGGCUGAGCAGGAGAAGAACGGCGUCGCUGAGGAAUGGUAUCAGGCGAUGCUCUUCCGGUUGCGGAUGAGCCUCUGGGGCCCGCCGCCGCCGCCGCCUCCUGGUCCCGGUGCUCCUGGUUACGCCCAACAGCAGAACAUGCAUGGUGGCAUGCAGCCUCAGUCGGAAGAAGAGCCACAGCAGUGAGGAAAGGGUAGAUCAGUUGAUGGAGCACUGUACAGCUUGACGAUGGGAUCGUGGCGCACGGUGUGAGUGAAAUAGGGAGAUGCUGGUUGGCUGGAGGGACGGAGAGGUUGUACAGGAAGGCAGGACGUGCCGACGUCGAUCGCACCACUGCGUUCGAAGCCGAAGAAUGGCGCGGACACGGAGAUAUGAUUUCAGAUUGGCUUUAUCGUACCUUUGGCUGCUUGCAUUUCGUUGAUUCACUGAGUUAUUUUCUUGGUAUUGCUAAUUCCUGCAGUAUGAUUGGCUGAGCGUUGCUUCGAAACAUAAGGCUGUAUACAGGCGAUGCGAUGGUGUUUCCCAGGUGUUGGCUAAGAUGAAG